CAGUUUGACCAACACCUUCAUCACUCUCCAGUGGCUAAAAUAUGGAGAUGGUUUGCCAUAAAGAGGAUCAUCUAUAUGGAAACGUCCCUGACCCCUCAGCCAAGAGGGUUGAAUCAAAGAUCUGCUCUGAUGAAGACAGGAACGUGGCUGCUGCAGAGCCCGGUAUAAAACGGUACAGGCUGGCUGCUGUGAUCCUUGGACUCCUGUGUGUGCUACAAGCUGCUCUCAUCAUUUUCCUUCUUCUUUCUCUCUUUUCAGAGAGAGACGAGUUUAAGAGAACCAACCUUGAUGUUGAGGCUGGUUUCAAAAACCUGACUGAGGAGAGAGAUGACCUGAAGAGGAAGCUGAAUAACUCAGUUUCAGAGAGAGACGCCUUGAAGAGAACCAACUUGGGUAAGUACGAUGAUGAAACUACUUUUACCAUUUACUCUCUAACUACGGACAAACAGUUAAAAAACAAAAGUGAGCUUGCUACGGACAGACAGAGGUCGAUCAACUUCACAUGCUUCACUCAACAUUGUCUUGAAGGUCCCUGCCCUCCUGGUUGGACUCAGUUCGGCUCUCGCUGUUUCAGUUUCAACAUCCAGGGAAAGAGUUGGACCGAUGCAGAGAACUUCUGCAACUAUGAUGGUGGGAAUCUGGCUUCAGUCCACUCAGAAGAGGAACAUGUAUUCCUCAGAACCUUCAUUAACCAAGUGACCGGUGCAAACCAAACUUCCUGGAUGGGAGGCUCUGACUCAGUGAAGGAGGGCGUGUGGAUGUGGUCUGAUGGAUCCACAUUCGACUACAAAAGCUGGGCUUGGGGGCAGCCUGACAACAAAGGUGGAGAUGAGAACUGUCUUCAGAUAAACUAUAAGGGAAUGAACUGGAAUGACGGGCGGUGUGACAAAAUGUCUCCUUUCCUGUGCUCCAAGAAGCUGUGAGGCCUCCCACCAUCAUGAUCUCACUACAGCUCAUCUCUAAUCUCUAUUGAUUGACUUUCAGUUUGUUCUGCAGACAGAAACAGCUCUCCGCUGACAGACUCACUUUCACUUGUUUAUUAUCUGAAGAGUUAGGAAACGGUUCACAUUUGAGUUUUAACAUUAGAAGGAAACUGACUCUCA